CGGCGAGUGGACCGGAGUGUGUUUACACCGGCGGCUUUGCGGCCGGAUUCCUUCCGCGGGACGGGGAGAAAGAGAGAGCGCGAAAGAGAGAGGAUGUCUCUCUCAGAUUGGCACCUGGCGGUGAAGCUGGCUGACCAGCCACUUGCCCCAAAGUCUAUUCUCCAGUUGCCAGAGUCAGAGCUGGGUGAAUACUCACUGGGGGGCUAUAGUAUUUCAUUUCUGAAGCAGCUCAUUGCUGGCAAACUCCAGGAGUCUGUUCCAGACCCUGAGCUGAUUGAUCUGAUAUACUGUGGCCGGAAGCUUAAAGAUGACCAGACCCUUGACUUCUAUGGCAUUCAACCUGGGUCCACAGUACAUGUUCUGCGGAAGUCCUGGCCUGAGCCUGAUCAGAAACCAGAACCUGUGGACAGAGCGGCUGCCCUGAGGGAGUUCCGGGUGCUGCACACUGCCCUGCACAGCAGCUCCUCCUACAGGGAGGCGGUCUUUAAGAUGCUCAGCAAUAAGGAAUCUCUGGAUCAGAUCAUUGUGGCUACCCCAGGCCUCAGCAGUGACCCUAUUGCUCUUGGUGUUCUCCAGGACAAGGACCUCUUCUCUGUCUUCGCUGAUCCCAGCAUGCUUGAUACGUUGGUGCCUGCUCACCCAGCCCUGGUCAAUGCUAUCGUCCUGGUUUUGCACUCGGUGGCUGGCAGCACCCCACUGCCGGGAGCCGACUCCUCUUCACGGAGCGCGCCCUCCAGCUCGUACCGGGACAUGCCAGGUGGCUUCCUGUUUGAAGGGCUCUCUGACGACGAGGACGACUUUCACCCAAGCUCCAGGUCCACGCCCUCUAGCAGCACACCCAGCUCACGCCCAGCCUCCCUGGGGUACAGUGGAGCUGCCGGCCCCCGGCCCAUCACCCAGAGCGAGCUGGCCACUGCCCUAGCCCUGGCCAGCACUCCGGAGAGCAGCUCUCACACACCGACUCCUGGCACCCAGGGCCAUUCCUCGGGGACCUCACCGAUGUCUUCUGGGGUCCAGUCAGGGACGCCCAUCACCAAUGAUCUCUUCAGCCAAGCUCUACAGCAUGCCCUGCAGGCCUCGGGGCAGCCCAGCCUUCAGAGCCAGUGGCAGCCUCAGCUGCAGCAGCUGCGUGACAUGGGCAUCCAGGAUGACGAGCUGAGCCUGCGGGCCCUGCAGGCCACGGGCGGCGACAUCCAAGCGGCCCUGGAGCUCAUCUUUGCUGGAGGAGCCCCAUGAACUCCUGCUCCUUCUCACCCCCUGCCCCCCCCCCAGCAAACUGCUAAGGUGGCUGCCCACAGGAGGCACUCCUGAAGGUGCCCCAUCUCUCCUCUCCCCAAUACAUCUGAUGGUUGACCUUCUGCCUUGUCCAUUGCGUGGCCCUUCUGGCUGACCUGAGCUGGUGGAGACGGGGGCAGGCAUGGUGUGUGGGUCUUGGUGCGUGGCUCGCCCCUGCUUCUGAGCCCUGGGUGGAAAAUUUUAGACCCAUGUCAUGGAAUGUUGUGUGAUGCCCAUACUCUCUUUUGGGAGAAGUUUCCCUGUGAUAGCCCCAGACCCUUUGGUACUUUAGGGUGUGGCAUCCUCAGGACAUGCCCAAGGCUGGAGCAAGGCUGCCACCCAGUGUCCAGGGUGGCUGCCAUGUGGCCAGAAGAGGCGUGUGCUGCUGAGAUGACCUCAGGCUGGGGAGUGGCCAGGGGUACUUUUACUGGGAGCAGGUAGGGCAGCUUGCCUUCCCACGGGCUUCCAGAAGAUUCCAUGUCCUCCCCUGGCCUCGUCUCCUCAGGCAGUCUUUGCCACGGAUGCUGUAAGGACGCCAGACUCCAGGCCUCAGAGCGGUGCCAGGAGGCAGGGCCCUCUUCUCUGUCCUGAAGGCGUAAAUACAAGAGCAGUUAAAUAACAAUGCUAAACAACAACACCAACACGAACUGGGCUCAGCUUUCAUCUUGAAGAGAGGGCACCAACCCCCAAGCUGCUGCUCCAUCUGCCUGAGCUCUCGUUCCCCUUGGCACAGUGUUCCCGACGUUGCAGACACGUCCAAAUUGAGCGAGUGGGUUUCGUGUGCCUUGAAUACUUUGUCACAUCCUUCCCCUCAGAUGGUGGGUUUCUGUAGAAAGGAGCUCAGAGGUCUGCUCCUGCCCUGUGUCUUCGGCAGACGUUCUGCCCUCAGCAUCCCCAGGCAUGGUCAUUCAGCUUCUGCUUGUCACUCCUUGGGACAGGAGGUCUCUCCCCCUCCUAAGGACUGCCUGCUGUGUCCUUUGUUCCCCAGAGCGUUGGGCCUUUAGUCCCCACAGACAAGCCUGCUGCUCCCUCUGCUCUGUUAGCACGGCUCUAGUUAGGGAGAGGAAUGGCAGUUCACUUGCCCCUUUGGCUUAUGCUGGUGUUGGUGCCCAACACAGCCUGUUCUCUCUGCAUGACUUCCAAUUUAUCAGUGACUCUUCUUAGAAGGAGGUGCUCGGUGGGGGGACCCACAGUUCCAGAUAUGGCCUGAACUCAGCACAUUUUUCUUGCCCUCCUCCAGAAAACGUGAAGUCUUGCCGCAUGCCCUCCUCAGUCCUAGAAUUAAUGUUGAGAGGUGUUCGCAUUGGCUGAAAAGGCUCAGAACUCACCAGGUUUCUUGGUGCUAGGACUCUGUGCCUCAGUGGUCUGCUUGGAGCCCAGCUGCCUCCUUGUGCUUGAGAACAAAAACCAGGAAGCUCUGCCUUCACACUUGGUGUCCCUGGCUUGUUUGUGGUGGA